GAAAUCUUUAACUUCCUCCAAAAUCGUUCUUCUCAAGUUUUUUCUACUUCCAAAGUCGCAACAAUGGCGACCGAAUCUCCGAAUUCUGUUCAGAAAAUUGUUGUUCAUCUGCGAGCUACUGGUGGUGCUCCGAUACUGAAACAAUCUAAAUUCAAGGUUUCAGGGAGUGACAAGUUUGCUAACGUGAUUGAUUUUCUAAGACGGCAGCUUCACUCUGACUCAUUGGUAAUCAUUUAUCGAUAUCUUCUGUGUUUAUCUCUUGUGUAACAUUGGUUUUGCCGCAAGUGUGCUGAUAUCUCUCCACUGUGUUAGUUUGUUUAUGUGAACAGCGCUUUCUCGCCAAACCCGGAUGAAUCAGUAAUUGAUCUAUACAAUGCAAGUAUUUUCACUAUUUCAUUCGUACCAUGCUCCUGAAACUAGAUAUACAUCGUCAAGCAUGGCUUGUUUGAUCUUUAAGCUUGAUUAUCUUUUCGGACUUGUUCUCUAUGUAUUUCUUAAGAUUGUGCUUGUUUUCGAUGAUUGCAGAACUUUGGGUUUGAUGGUAAACUGGUGGUGAACUAUGCUUGUUCCAUGGCAUGGGGUUAAAACUUCGUCAUCAAUCUCUGAGUAUAAAGUCCAAUUAUGGAUAUGCUAGAUGAUACAAGCUGCUACUUUACUUUGCUAGGAGAAUCCAAUUGUAGAAGAAACUUGUUGUACAUCCUUCAUUUUUUUGUAACCUGAAUAGUGGAAUACAUAACAAAAUGGUUGAAUCAUAUAUAAACAUUUUUUUGCAAAAUGGGCAAUAUGAAC